GUCUGCUGAAAAUAGAAAGAAGAAGAAAAACGAGGAAAAGGCAAAAUGGCGUUUGACGGAGAAGGCCUAAACCUGGGAAUUAUAGUCCUGUAUUUGUAAUUAGUGUAUAUAUGUAGACAUAUAUGCAGUCUAAAAGAUUAAAUAUACUUAAUAAUUGUUUGUAUUUGGAUACAUUGGUCUGAGCGUACUUUGACACGUCUCGUGCUAGCUUAGUUUGCUAGUUAGCUUAGCUUGUUAGCCGCUAACAAAUAAACGUGGAAGUUAUCAACACAUCGCCAAGCAGAGAUCAAGUGUGAGUGUAAAGUGUUGUGAUUGUGUGAAAAUGUGCGAAAGAAAGAUUGCAGAGUACGAGGGGGAACUGUGUCCAAAGAAAGAAAAGAAUGGGGUGGACGCUGUUUUCAAGAAACAUCAAGUUGUUGAGCACGGAACAGCACCGAUGCUGCAAGUGAAAAAGCCAAGCGUACAGCCCUGCACUACUGACGUCCAGCAGCCCCCCCACAUCAAAGAGGAUCAUCUACUUCCCCCCUUUUUAAAAGACGCGGAUGCAGAGCCAUCCCACAUUAAAGAGGAAGAGGAGGAAGUGUGGAUCACUCAGGAGGAAGAGUGUCUUCUUGGGCAGGAGGAGGCUGAUCUCACUAAGUUUCCACUGACUGUUGUCUCUGUGAAGACUGAAGACAAAUCACCUGAGUCCUCACCGCUUCAUCACAGUCCAAAUGUCUGUGAAGAACAUCAUCUCCCUGAGCACCAGGAGUGGAGCUUCAGGAUAGAUCAGGAGGAGCCACAGACCUCCCACAUUAAGGAGGAAGAUGACGCGUCACAGACUCCUCUCGUUAAAAACGAAGAGGAAGAAGACCCACGGUCCCCCCACAUCAAAGAGGAAGAGGAGGAAAUCAGCAUCAACCAGGAGGGAGAGCAUCUUAAAUGGUUGGAGGAGUUCCCAGUGAUUGUGAAGAGUGAAGAUUAUAAGGUCAAAGGUAAAAGUGAGGAGAAUAGAGAGGUGGAGCCUCCAAGCAGCAGCUCAACUCAACACAGGAGAACAGAAGCGGAUGCAAACCACACUGAGGAUGAAGACUCUAAAGCUGAUAAGACAUGUCACACUGACAACACACGCUUAAAAUGUUCUCACUGUGACAAAACUUUUCAACGCCCUAGUGAUCGUAAAAGACACAUGAGAAUACACACUGGAGAAAAACCUUUUGCCUGCUCAGAAUGUGGUAAAAGUUUUGCACGAAAAUAUGUGCUGAACGAACACAUGCUGAGACACUCUGGAGAAAAGCCUUUUUCUUGUUCAAUCUGCGGUAAAGAUUUUGUUCAAAGUCACUAUUUGAAAGUACACAUAAGAUUACACAGCGGAGAAAAACCUAACACUUGUUCAAUCUGUGGUAAAGGUUUUGUAAGACGUUCCAAUUUGAAAGAACACAUGAGAACACACACUGGAGAAAAACCCUUUUCCUGCUCGUUAUGUGGUAAAGGUUUUGCUCACAAAAAUUUGAUGAAAGAACACAUACAAAUACACACUGGAGAAAAACCUUUUUCCUGCUCAGCAUGCGAUAAAGGUUUUGCACGGAAACAUUUGUUGGAAGAACACAUGAGAAUACACACUAGGGAAAAACCUUUUUCCUGCUCAGAAUGUGGUAAAAGCUUUACCCGAAAAAAAUUGUUGAAGGAACACUUGCGAACACACACUGGAGAAAAACCUUUUUCCUGCUCAGCGUGUGAUAAAGAUUUUGUACGGGAACAUUUGUUGAAAGAACACAUGAGAAUGCACACGGGAGAAAAACCUUUUCCCUGCUCAGUAUGUGGUAAAAGUUUUGCUCGAAAUAAAUUUUUGAAGGAACACACGCGAACACACACUGGAGAAAAACCUUUUUCCUGUUCAAUCUGUGAUAAAAGUUUUGCACGCUCAAAUACGUUCAAAGUACACAUGAGAACACACACAGGUGAGAAAGUGUUGAGUUGCAGUGUGUGCGGUGAAAGAUUCUCUUAUAAGUACCAGUGUAUGAAACACACGUGUGCUGGUUAGAACAGCAGCAGCAAAUGAAGUCAAAACUUUAACUUUGUCUUUCUACCAUCAGUACAUUUAACAUGUGACAUCAUCGUUGUGUUUGUAACACUCUCCAGGCAUUAAUCUUCUACCGCUUGUCCCUUUUCAAACUUGUUAAUAUGCUUCUACCAUUUAUAAUUGGAUAUUUUAGAUUAUUGCUUCUCUCAGUCAAGUACAUUGAUCAAUAUACAGCAUUGUAUAUGUUUAUUUCAAAUUAAACAGAGCAAUUUAACUGUAAAAGUGACAGUAAACAGUACAAAAGAUAUGUGACAUACAUUAAACAUGGUAUGUGAAUAUAGGUAUUCAUAAUUCACUUGUUUUAAAUGUUUUUGAAAUAAAGAAGUGUUACAUAUUUUCAAUUCUAAUUGUAAAUGAUUCCAUAGAUCAACUCCUUUAUUUGAUAAACAUUUGUUUUACAUUAUCAAUUGCAUUAUUGAGUGAAAAGUACUGCAUUUUAUUUCCAUGGAGAGGUCGGAAAUCACAGGAUGCCGAUGAUGCACGUUUCAUUUUGUCGUUUAUCCUCAAAAUAAAAAUGACCAAAAUCGUA